AUGGCCUCCGGGGAAGAUGAAACAGGAAAGCCUUAUAAAUACGAUUGCCUGGCAAAAGAGGUUGAAAAUAUGGAAACUAUAAACUCUGAAUACAAACGGAACCCGCAGAUCAAACCCCACAAUAUCCGAGGCAAGGAACCGCAGAGCGAAAAACCUUCAGCUGCGUGGCUCCUGCCAGUCGCUAUCAGAGCGAGCAGGCGCUGGCAGCCUGCUAGGUGCGGCUGCGAGCCCCGAGCGCUGCGGCCGCGGCCGGAGAAGCGGGCAGGGCGGGCGGCGAACGGGCGAGUCCGGGCGCGGCUCGGACUCUGCUCCUCAGGAUUUACAAACCGGGCGCCCGCCUCCACCCGCGGCGGGUGCAGGGAGCGGCCCCCGAGCCGCGCCCAGAGCCCGGCAGAGCCGGGCGCGGCCGCCCGGCCCGGCGAGCUGUGGGACGUGGUGGUGCUGACGGCGGCGGACGCGGCGCAGGCGGGCGCGUUCCGGGAGCAGCUGGCGGAGAAGCUGCGGCGGGAGCAGCUGCCCAGGGCCGUCCGGUACCUCGUGUGCGCCGACCCGCCGGGGCCCAGGAUCGGAAAUGGUGGAUCAACUCUUCAUGCCCUUCGGUGCUUGGAAGAGCAGUAUGGUGAUCAGUGGACUUCCUUCACUGUGCUGCUAAUCCAUUCUGGAAUGUGGUGGUUCUCCUCCAAGCAAAAAGCAGGUGGUUACAGCCAGCGUUUGCCAAAUGCCAGUGCCCUGGGCAAGAUCUUCACAGCCCUGCCGCUGGGCGAGCCCGCGUACCAGAUGCUGGAGCUGAAGCUGGCCAUGUACAUCGACUUCCCGCGCCACAUGAAACCCGGGGUGCUCGUCACGUGUGCGGAUGACAUAGAGCUGUACAGCGCCGGGGUCACAGAAACCAUCACCUUGGACAGACCUGGGUUUACUGCCUUGGCUCACCCCUCGGAUCUGGCCGUCGGGACCACGCACGGCGUGUUCGUGCUAGAUCCGUCCAGUUUUUCGGGAAAGGGAGGACUGGAAUACGGAUCGUGCUAUCGUUUCCUGCACAAGCCUGACCUGGAGACCAUGCAGCAGAGUGGUGCAGUGUGUGUGAGGGGGGAUCGCCCUCAGCUCGGCUCCCCUGGGGGCUGUGGAGACUCGGCCAGGGCCUCGGAGUGUGUGUACACAGACAGUGUAUUCUACAUUGACCACAGCACUGCCCAGCAGCUGCUGGAGUUCUACAAGCACGUGGGCACGCUUUGCUGUGAAAUAGAUGCAUAUGGUGACUUUCUCCAGGCCCUGGGGCCUGGAGCCACUCCAGAUUACACCAAAAACACAAAUAAUGUCUCCAAGGAGGACUCAGGGCUGGUGGCAAUGCGGCAGCAGCUGUACUCCCUCCUGCGAGGCACUGCCCUGAAUGUCAUAGUCCUCAACAACUCCCAGUUCUACCACAUUGGGACCACUCAGGAGUAUUUGUUUCAUUUUACUGCUGAGAGCAAACUGAGAUACGAGCUUAACUUGCAGCCUGUGGCUUUUAGCAUCUUCCCUGACACAGCCAAGACCUUGGAUCACUUGAGUGUCAUCCAGAGCGUCCUGGAGCCCGGGUGCGUGAUAGGGCCUGGCUCUGUCAUUGAGUACUCCAGAAUUGGGCCCGGGGUCUCAGUAGGGAGAGGCAGCAUUGUUAGUGGGUCCCACAUAAAUUUCAGUGUAGAUGUACCCUCAAACUGCUUCCUGAGUUCAGUAAGUGUGAAAAUUACUGAUCGAGUGGAGUAUGUCACCAUGGUGUUCAGUGUAGGCGACGACUUGAAAAAGAGUGUGAAAUUGCUGUCAGAUAUACACUCCCUCCAGUUUUUUGGAGCCAGCUUACCAGAAUGCCUUGACCUCUGGAGCUUAGAGGCUUCAGACCAGCUCUUCUCCAGUGAGGACACACGUCUGGGGCUGUGGACUGCAAGGAUUUUCCCUGUUUGUUCUACUCUGAGUGAAUCAGUUAGGAUGUCGCUGAACAUGCUGAAUUCUGUGCAGCACAAGUCAGCUUUCAAACUGAAUGGCUUUCAGCUUUUGUCUGUUGAAGAAAUGCUCACCUACAAAGAUGUAGAAGACAUGCUGAACUUUAGGAAGCAAAUUUAUGAUGAAAUCUGCCUACAAAGACAAAAAGAGAAGUCUGAUUAUAGAAUGAAAAGUACUUGAACAAACCUGUUUUCAUUUGUGGAGGAUUGAUUACUUCCCAGCUUGUAAGAAUCCUAAGGGAAAAGUACACAGAUCUCUUCUCUGAUCUCAGUGAAGUAGAAAUGAAGAAAUUGCAUAACAUUAAUAAAGCAGCAAAUCCAGAUAAAGUGUUCUUUUGAUGAAAAUAGGGAAAUAUUUCAGAUCUAAAAACACUGUUUGGUGACCUGUAGCAGGCCCAGGGCUUGCAAGGCCUCCUUGGAGGGCAGAAGCCUGAGCUAGGAAAUGCCAAGUCGUGAUGACCCGGGCCUUAGAAGCCCCUCUCUUCCACUUUGGGACCCUGCUUAUCUCUCUGUAAGCCUGUAGGUCACUUGCCCUGACCCUUGCUGUUGGACAAUUUCCCAAACCCCUGUAGGGUAUAAAACCCCUAAUUCUGCCUGGUUCGGCAGAAGAGCUGUCACUGAGAACCUUUGUGGAACACCCUAAUAAAGAAUCCUGACCCUCA